CCAGGAGGCCGAGCCGGAGGAGGAGCCGCUUUCGGCGGCCGCGGUAGCAGCCGGAGCAACAGCAGCAGCAGCAGCAGCCUCAGGAGCGGCGGCGAAGAGGUCGCACGCAGCUGAGGAACCCCCGCGCGUAUGUCCGUCCCUGAGCUGACGCACCGCAAAGUGACUGACCUAUGAGAUGGCAGAGAAUGGAAGACGUUGUGACUUCAGGCGCACCGCGAUGAGCAAAGUGCUCAACGGAAGCUUGCUAGAGCCCUCGUUGUCGAGUGAACAAAAGCGGAAAGAACGAGAGGCGCGUCAGAGCAUCGUCCUCUGGGCAAAACCAAUUCUUACCUUGCAGUAUUUCUUCCUGGAAACUUUAACAAACGCGAAAGACUGGACCAUAAAACUGUGGCAUCGCCGAAGGAUAGUGGUGUCCCUCCUCCUGCUGCUUGCCAUUCUUACAUCUACGUAUUAUAUCGAGGGAGCACAUCAACGGUAUGUGCAGUAUAUGGAAAAAAGGCUUUUAUGGUGCGCCUAUUGGGCCGGGUUAGGCAUCUUGUCCUCUGUGGGGCUUGGAACUGGUCUUCACACCUUUCUGCUCUACUUGGGCCCACAUAUAGCGUCGGUGACACUCGCAGCUUACGAAUGUAACUCGGUGAAUUUUCCCGAGCCGCCUUACCCAGACCAGAUUAUCUGCCCCGACAAAGAAGGAGUGGAAGGAUCCAUUUCGUUAUGGACCAUCAUGUCUAAAGUCAGGCUGGAAGCCUGCAUGUGGGGUGCCGGAACGGCCAUUGGGGAGCUCCCCCCGUACUUCAUGGCCAGGGCAGCCCGACUGUCCGGAACCGAACCGGACGAUGAGGAGUACCAGGAAUUUGAGGAGAUGCUAGAACAUGCACAAAGCUCACAGGACUUCGCCUCUCGGGCAAAAUUGGCCAUCCAGAACUUGGUGCAGAAAGUCGGAUUUUUCGGCAUCCUGGCAUGCGCUUCCAUUCCCAAUCCUCUCUUCGAUUUGGCCGGGAUAACAUGUGGACAUUUCCUGGUUCCCUUCUGGACGUUCUUUGGAGCCACCUUGAUUGGAAAAGCAAUCAUCAAAAUGCAUAUCCAGAAACUCUUUGUGAUCAUCACCUUCAGCAGACACAUAGUGGAACAGAUGGUCUCCUUAAUUGGCUCGGUGCCCGGCAUCGGAGCAUCGCUGCAAAAACCUUUUCAAGAACACUUGGAAGCUCAGCGGAUCAAGCUGCACAGCAGAGCCAACGAGACCCCCCAGGGUGAAAACUGGCUCUCCUGGACGUUUGAGAAAUUGGUUAUAAUUAUGGUGUGCUAUUUUGUCUUGUCCAUUAUUAACUCCAUGGCCCAAAGUUACGACAAGCGUCUCCAGCAACGCACGAACUCGGAGAGGAAAGCGAAAUGAGCUGGAUCAGGAAAGGGAGGGAUGGAAUCCCCCAACUUCCACUGGAAUAACCAGCCUUGCAUUUAAUCAUCAUCGUCGUCAUCAUCAUCAUUUGCAAAAGAGGGAGAGGGUUAGGAGGGGGUGGGGUGGGGGACAGGUAAGGGUGGUCUGUUUGGUUUAAGUAACUCCGCCAUUAGUCACGGUUCCCGCGGGGCCACCGUCUCCACGUUAAAGGUAACGCGUUGAUGCACCCUUGUUUCGAUGUAAGUUAAUUCAUUUCGUUUUAACAUAACGUGCUUUUCCCCUCCCUUCCAAAUUCACUACACGGCUGGGUUAGGGGUGGGGGUUCCCCUCUCUCCCCCCCCCUCCUCUUGCUUUUUUUCUGAUUUUCAAAUAAAAGUUCCCGGCCUUCUAGAACUUUUUAGGGCUACUGUCCAUCCGUGACGUUUAAAGUUCAGCGCCUCCCGGAUGGGUGCAAACCAUCUUCAUCUAUAACCUGACUGAUCUUAAAAAGAUUUACUAGCAGCGGGCGUGGCCCUUCUGAGACCAACAUCUGGAAAUUCCCCCCAUGUCAGUGUUCAAUGGGAAGGGUGAGGAGAGCUCUUCCUUUUUCCUUGAGCCUGUUUAGAAGGGCAUUAAAUCAACCCCCUCUCAGAUCAUUCCAGACUUCCCCCGUUUGGGUCUUUUAAAACUAUCCUCAGUUCUUCCCCUUUUUUUGUGCGCGCGCGUGUGUUCCGGUUAAAUCCUCCCCUCCCAAUUUUUUUCCCCUUUUUUAGUUCCUUUGCACAAUCUUUCAACACCCUCAGCCUCCCGUUGUGGACGAGUGCUUGUUCUGAGAGUUCUCGGUUCUUGGAUUUUUCCCGAGAACUCUUGGCUCAGAUCAAGGAACUAUAGACAGGGUGGGAUUUUUUUUUAUUAUUAUUUUUUUGUUUUUGGACGCUGUUCCGUUGUUUUUUAUUUAUUUCACUGACCCGGUAGCCCCGAUACCUGGCGUUAUCCUUGUGUUGGAUUUUACAAAAAAAUGGUUUAACUCUCGCAGUGUUUCCAGAGCACUGUUUAAGGGAAAUGCCACAGGAAGUUGGUUUGUAAGGUGCAGGAAAGGUUAACUGGAAUAAACAACAUUCAAAGAUAGCUUCACGGUGCCUCUUUUUGUUAAAAAGUGGGGGAGGGGGAGGAAGGAAAGGCUGUGGUUAUAAAACAGUUCCUUUACUUCCGUUUUGAGUGCUUGAACCUCAGGAAGUUUGGAGAGGACAACCUGCAUCUAAAGGACCACCAAUUCAAAGGAGGACACUUCCUCUGUUCCUGAAAAGGAGACGAUCUUCAUUUCCAAAGCAUGGGUGGGAAGUUGAUUCAUAGAUGGUUGGGCCAGGAACCCAAAUGCACGGAGAUUGAGUCUCCUCUCUGGCACGGUGAUGUGGGGGCGACGCCUCCUUUUUUAUCGGCGUCGUAACUUUCCCCUCCUGUCUUUUAAGACAAGUCACCUGCUCUGUCCCCCAACGCGUAGAACAACCUCUUUGUCUGCUGAAGAACAUCUUCAGAAAUUUGGCGGGAUAGAAGUGAACCUGACGGUAGUGCUUGGUAAAAAUUCCAUUUUUCUUUCUAAGGAUGUUCUUAAGCUCUGGCUAAUCAGAAGUCAGUCGAUUUUAGCGGAUGCUUGGUCUCGCCCAAUUCUAUUUUUACGUUACCUUAACGCGUGGACAUCGGACCAGUUGGGUUUCCGGCUGAUUGUCUUAUGUUUUGUACAAGCGAGUGGUAUGUCUCCGAUCUUCUCCCACGUGUGUGCCCCUCCUCCCUCCCUUCCCCCCCCUCCCUGGUCUGCAUUCCCGUCUAGCAUUGUGACACCUCCUGGGCGUGUACCUUUCUGUCGGAUAGCUUAUCAGACUGAUGUUGACUGUUGGAUGUCAUGGCAACAACAGUCGGUAGGCUGUCUGACAUUUUGGUAUCUUUCAUCUUGACUGUGUCCAUCCAUCCAUCCAUCAUCUCCAACCUGUUUGUCCAGCCUGCGGGGGGAUGGGGCUGCCUUGACAUCUGCAUUUUUAAAAAAAGAAGAAGAAGAAAUGGACAUCCUUGGAUAUCUCAAACCCACGUGUGCCCUUCGUCUUGAAAUACAUUGGGAGCCAUGUCGCUCAAGAUCUUUUGUGGCAGGUACGUUUCCAGAGGGCGAGAAGACGGUGGGGUGGAAUAAGAUGUCCUCAGACACGGUUGAGCAGGGAAAAAAAGGACGUCCGUUAGUAUUUAGGGCUGGAGGAGACGUUCGUCAGUAAAUUAAAAUCCAGAUUCCUUCGAACUUCUCUCGGCUAUGCAAAACGGUGCUUGGGGACUUACUACCCUUUGCAAGAUCUUCUGCGCAACGCAGGGUCUUCCAGAUGAAACCAUAGAAAACGAGAAGGAGGGUUACACGGCAUUUCAUGGUUGUUCCAUCUUGGCUUGAGAAUGCAGGUUUGAGAAGAAAGCAGUUUUUCUGCACUGGAAGGAUUUUCAUGCAAGCCAACUCUAUACAGGGGUCUCCAACCUUGGCAACUUUAAGCCUGGAGGACUUCAGCUCCCAGAAUUCCCCAGCCAGCUUUGCAUAUGCAGGUUUGCAUUUUCUUCCAGACUCAUUAAUUGCUGAAAGUAAGUGUUUACCGCCCUGGCUUAUGGUCCUCUAAAUGCCAUGCUGGCUGUGGAUGAUGGAGAUUGUGUGGCGCAGGGUGUUUGGGUAAGAAUUUUAUAGCACCAAGCCAAUUCCAUCUUGGAAUAAAACCACAUGAAGCUGUCACUGAUGGGAAGAAAGGAAGAGGAAUAGCUAAUAAUUUUUAUUAUCAGCUAUCCAUCUUCAUUUUCCCAAUUUUAUCAACAGCACCCCCCAUACUUUAAAAAUACAGAAGUGAUGAUUUAGAGUACUGCUGUCUUUAGAAAAUGAUUCACUUUAAUCAACCUUGGAACAAUUAGUUGUGUGUGUGUGUAGCUAAAUCUGUAUUUAUAGAGAUACUGUAUUUUUUCAGAGUAUAAGACACACCAUUUCCCCCCUAAAAAGGGGAUGAAAAUUUUGAUACACCGAAUCUAGCCCCACCCACCCACUGGCCCCCACCUUUUGGCCUCUGCCUCCCAGCAAUUUACC